CACACACUUACACUCACACUCUUACACAGACUCACACACAGACUCACACACACUUACACACAGCUGACCGAGACAGAACGAGUGCUGAACCCAUCACAACACUUCCCAGACUCCAGACACUCAGAGGUUCUCAGAUGCUGGAAGGAUGGUUCUAGAGCAGCAGACGUUUGUCCGGGAGCCGUACUCCUCUUGCGUCUGAGGAGGUCCGUGCUUCACUGGAGGAUUUAAUAAGCUCUUCAUGACUUAAGCAGAGCUGCUUCUCACAUCACAGAACCGUAGAAUCGCAGAACCACAGAACCCUGAUUCUUCACUUGUUCUCAUCUGAAAUAUGAAGUGUGCACUCUGCUGCCUCGCUCUGCUGACUCUUUUACUGGGACUCAGUUUGGUAGAUGCCAAGGGAACGUUCUAUGGAAACCCCUACAGAUUUAAUCUGUACAAAGCCGGAGCCGGUCCACAUUUUAACCACGGAAAACCCAUGACUCGUCACAAAAACCACUGUGCCUACAUCGUUCAGAAGAACGUUACCUGUACCAUGCAGGAUGGAAUGGCUACCUACGUCAAGGCAGAUUACACCACCAAGUGCAUCUGGGGACAGAAGUGUCCUGUGGUGAUGUAUCGGACAUACUUCAAACCAACCUACAAGGUUGGCCACAAGACUGUGACAGAACUGGAGUGGCGCUGCUGUCCAGGCUACUCUGGAGAAAACUGCUUUGAUGGCCCUACACCUGGUCCAGACUCCAUCAUGCCAUCAUUCAAGGGAUCCAUUCAAGGACCAAGACCUGGGAUGAAGGGUUUCCCAUGGGGUUACAACAAAAUACCAACCCCUGGAUCAGGGAUGGAAAAGCCUCUUUUCCCUGGUGGUCAUCAUGAUAAUAUACCAACUGGACAUGUGCCUUCAGGAGGUCCAGGAACGAGUGUCUCUGGCGAGCGUCUAGACCGUAUAGAGGGGGAUCUAAGGAGACUUUCACAGGGUUUGGAGACUCUGAAUGGCCUGAUCUCUGGCAUGGAGGAACGCCUCCGUGUCUCUGUCCGUGAGGACACCGCCAAGAUGGUGAGCACCCUGCUAGGUGGGGCCCCACAUCAGCCAGACUCUACAGUGGGGUUUGGUAUCAUCCCUGAGGGCUUGCCUGACACGACAGAGGGCAGCGAAAGAUUCCCGGUCCUUGGAGAGCUGGUGGGACGGGUGACAGAGGUCAAGGAUGAGCUAAGGGCCAAGAGUCAUGUGCUAGAUGAGAUCCAUGGCAUGGUGAUGGGCCAUGAUGGGCAGCUGAAGAGGCUGAUGGAGGUGCCAACUGGGGGUAUACAGAAUUUAGUGGAGAAGCUGUUGGAUGAAAGGCUGUCUGGCAUCAGGACAGAGAUAUUGGAUGGAUUUGAACGAAGACUCAGUGGCCUGGAAAAUCACUGCAAUGAAAAGAUUGGACAGGUUCAAAAGCAUUGCCAUAAGGAAUACCUGAAUGGUCAGGAGCAGCUCCAGCAAUCUUUGGAUGGCCGUGAGACAGGCCUGAGGAAGGAGCUGGGUGAUCUUCAGGCUCAGAUCCAGGGUCUGACAGUGAGCCCAGGCUGCUGUAGUCAAAUUAACGAUCUCUCCCAGAGAACUCUGCUUCUGGAAGAGUCUAUUAAGGGCCUGACAGAGUCUCAAAGGCAACUCCAGACGACACUGAGUGAACAGACAAUCCACUUGGAGACAAUGUUGGAUACACGAUUACUAGAUGUCGAGGGCCGGCUAAACACUACAGAGCAGGACAAGGCAGAUUUAGGUGUCCUGGAUGGAGGAAUGGGAUCCCUCGAUGGAUUUAAGACCCUUCUGGAGGACAAACUGAAAAGCUUGGAGGAGCGUGUUUUUGUGGCUGUGGAGGAACUGAGUAACGCAACAUCUCCGGCUCUACUGGAAGGCCAGGUGGUGCCAGCAUUAGGGACGGAGAUUGAGAAUAUCCGUAGACGUAUGGAAGCUGGUUUGGAUGGUGUCCAGAAGCAAUUAAUGGAUCUUGAGCUUCUUUGCACUUCCGCAUGCACUCCAGCAUCCAGUCCUGAUGCAGCUCUUAUCCAAACAGAGGUGGAAGACUGUAAGGAGAUGGAGAAGAAAUUAACAGAGCGUCUGGACACACACACAGAAAUGUUGGACCACCUAAAUAGUACCUUGCAAGGGCUUUUGUUCCAGAUUGCUCAAGAGGAUCAAGAGGGCUCAAUACAGGGUGAGAUUACACUCCUCAAGAUUAACGUCAACUCUGUAAACCGCACCCUGAAGGGUUUGAGAGAUUCUGUUCACCUUUUCACCAAUGAGAUGAGUCACGUUAACUCGACAUGGCAGGAACGUCAGCAGCGACUGGUCACACAAGUGCAUGGCAUUGCUGAGCUUGUGGGCCAGCAGGGGCAGCUGCUUGGGGCUGGAGAGCGCAGACUGGUGCAGCUGAAGGGCGAGCUGCAGGGCUUGAGGCGGAGGCUUUCAGGGGAACUGCAGGGCUGUCGGGGCACAGCGCAGAAUGCUCAGCAUGAGGUCAUGGUAGUUGAAGGCCGCGUAGCCAAUGUUGAAGGCCAGUGUAGCAGCCUGGGAGAGCUUGCUGAUCAGUUGGAGAGGAUUCGUGCAGAACUCGAGAGCCAUUCAGACAGCUAUCUGGCACAGGUCAAUGGUACCCUGGCUAGCCACUCCCAGCAGCUUACACAGCUCAAAAAUGGACUUCAAGAGUGUGUAAAUAAGACGGUCCAGUAGUCACCUGGAUACAGAGAUCCUUGGAGACCGGAUUGCACAAACUGAGAUGUUUCUCCUUCUGGUUUUAUUAACAGGGCAUUGUUUUCUUGCAGUUUUGCUUCUUCUUCUAGACUUUUCUCUUUGUUUUUUGUCUUUACACGUCAUAUUGAUUCUAACCAAUGUGUUAACUUAUAUAAAGAAAAAAAACUUGACUUGGUGUUAUAUAUUGUACAGUUUAGCCCUGCAGUCCCUGAAGCCCUGAUUUGUUUUCCCUGCUGUAGCACAUAUAAGUCAACUGAUCUGCUAUUCACUAGCGCUUCAUAAGCUGAAGAUGAAAAAAGUGUCUUCAUUUUUUUGGGUCUUUAAAUUAGGUAAGAUAUCAGAUUUAUGAAAUGAUGUCUGAUUUAUAAGCUGCUCCACUCUCAUCUCAUCUCAUCUCAUUUCUUUCUUAUUACUGUGUCAACAUUAUGGUGCUAAACUUGAGUGUAAAAUUAUUUGUAGGUAAAAUAUAUGUCUACUUAUUACUUAUAAACUUAUAAGUUUUUUCUAUGUGAUAAUUUUUUUAUGAUUAAAAGUUACUGUUGAGAACAAAAUGAGAACUAGGUGUGUUUGCAGCAUGGCUUGGUGAAUCACGUGUACCAGAUGAACUGUUUUUACAAUUUUAACCACUAGAGGGCAGAAAUACGGCUAAUAAAGAGAUUCACUUUAGG